UCGCGUUCUGACUUCAAGGUCGACUUUUAACCAACUUCCGGAAGGCUUUCGGGGAGAAGCUGGACCUAUCAUAGGUCUCCCACAUCCAUUAGUAAGCGUCAAUCCAAGCUCAGAGCCCUCUUCCGCAACAGUGAAGACGAUGGAGACCUACUUUGUGCAACCUCGUCAAGUGACCAACAAACCAACGGGUUGUAA